CCGGGAUGUCACGCAGCUGUCUUUCGGAGAGUCUUCUGACACGCGGAAAGACGGCCGAAGACUUCUAAGUAACAGAUACCACACAAGCAACAUACGGUGUGUCAUUCAACGCGUUUCAGACGAUAAGGGGAAAAUCAUUUCCUCGGUUCAGGAGAAACUGUAGAUCUGGGAGGAAACAUGAUCGGAACCUAUCGGGCACCACAGAAGCGAAAGAGCUGUACUUUUUGAAGUCAUCAUUUCAAAGUCCAUGAGGCGCGCUCAAGACGUACCGUCCGCAUGCGAACGAUUCCAACCUGCUCUGCGCUGAUGAAGGAAGAAGUGAUCAGUGUUUUUUGGAGCCACACGACUGGACUCAGUUCAUCACCUGCACGGGCCUUCGGGAAGAAACGAGACAUCGGCGCAUUUCCACAUCUCAACGUCACAGAGUCGCAUGGGCACACGCACAGCUUUCUUUCCAUGCCGAGCACGACAAAGGCACCCACACGAUCGUUGGCCAGAAGCUUUGACGACAAUGUUGGGCAGUAAGGACUUUGACGUGGUAAAUCAUGCCACAAAGGUGGCGUCACCGUUACAGCAACCAGCAGGAUAUGUGUGAGGACCCCCAGGACCAGGGCGAGCGAACCGGCUGGGUGCUGCAGCCCUCGCAGGUGUCUUGUUCCUUCUCAGAUGAAGCCGUGUCCAUCCUGACCUGCAGAAGCUUGCCGGCUCACUCUCUGCUGGGCUGCCCCUGCGGGCCGGCGGGGUCCCGGGGUGCGGCGGCCGGUGGUAUGUUGCGGCAGCGGCGUGAGUUCACCCCGGACAGCAAGAAGAACGACAGCUACUGGGACAAGCGGCGGAAGAACAAUGAGGCAGCCAAGCAGUCGCGGGAGAGGAGGCGGGUGCACGACGCCUUGCUGGAGCGCCGCUUGUUGGCGCUGCUGGAGGAGAACGCCCGCCUGCGGGCCGAAUUGCUGGCGCUCAAGUUCCGCUUCGGUCUUGUCGAGAACACGGUCGAUCGAGCAGUCCAGCCUACCCCCGCAGCUCCUUGCAACCUCCUGCUUCGCAGGCCCCACUGCUACGGGCUCUGCAGUGACGCAGGCACCCUACUGACCCCACCCCACGUGCCUCCCACCCAGGGUGGUUUGUAUGGAAGGACGGGGGCCAGGGACAUGGGCUGCAUCUUUGACGACUCCGGUUUCGCCACCUCGGGAAGUUCCAGUGUCGGAAGCCCCGUGAUCCUCGAGGACCGAUUAAGUGAGCCCGGCAAACUGUCCUUGUCACACGGAGAGAAUUCUGGGUACGAAUCACAGCCCCGCUCUCCGGAAGGGGAGCGCCUUGCAGCAUGCAAGGGUGGCGUGGGGGCUUAUGCUGUGGCCGAGCCCUCUGGGGAGGUGGCAGGGAGGCAGGACUCUGGGGACAGUGCGAGGUGCCUCCCUCACAAGCUGCGCUUGAAAGUGACAUGGAGUGAUGGCAGUAGCUGCAGGAUGGGUGAGAACCCUGGGGAAAAAAGACCCUCACAGCAUGUGGGAGGCAGGGAUGUUCUGCCAGAGCCAGAGAGGCCCUGGCUUCCUUAUGGAGGGGAAGAGCCGUUCCACCCCCAGCAGCCUUUGGCAGAUAGUGGCCAAGGAGUGUGGCUCUGCCCUCGGCCCAGCGAGCCCUGCUACCAGUCUCCCCGCAGCUCGGCCAUCUCUCGGCGCCGCCUGGAGAACAGUGUCCUCAGACACCAGCUGAACUGCCUCAGCGAGGACGUGGCCCAGCUGAAGUGGCUUUUCUCCCAGAAGCUGAUCUCCAAGGCGGACUAA